GAGUUGAUUUAGUUCAGUGCCGACCGCUCGCGGGUUAUGUUGUGUACUGUUUUGAUUAACUUUCGUGUGUACUCGUACCCCCGAAACGUGUAGAUCGAUCUUCAGCUGUCGGUGGCUGAUCCUUUUAGUGCUUCUAGCACAUGAUAAACAUAGCUGAGGAUCACGUCGAGAACCCGCGGAUCUUCAUCGUAGCUGGGACCGUUUUGGAAAUGAUUAUCGUUUAGAUUGUAAUUUUUCGGACGGCUUCGGGACUCCUCUUGAACAGUCGCCCCGAUACGAGUACGAGCCUAAUUCGACCAAUGCCACUCCUGUUUAUUAUUUAUAUGAGCGGGCAGUGAGAUUCGUUUGGGAGAACCCGAGAUAACAGGAAAGACGUCCAGUAACAGAAAGAGCUCAAAAGAAAUAUGUGUUUAUAGAUCUUCUCCGGCAAAUGAAAUGAAUAUCAAUACAUGAAUUAUACGGAUAGCAAUUAAAAGUUCAGUGAUCUACGAGCGUGGCCAUCGUAAAUCAAAGCCGCGAAAGCAAACAAGCCUCGGUCGAAAAAAGCGGAUACAGCUCAGCUUUGCUUGUUCAACAAAUUGCUCACCAAUUUCGGUGGCGCUAAAAUAAAUAAAAUCCUCGUCAGGUAAUAACGUACAGGCUACCGUUUUCAUUCCUUUACGCUCCAAUCAACAAGUGCGUGUGCCUUAACCAAUCCGUGGAUCGUGUGAUCGUAAAUUCCGUUGGACUGACCUUGCACUCACCCCAGAUCACGGCGGAAGCGAGACGAAGAAAAGUAGUAAACCAGGAUAAAAGUGCGCCCAGUGCCGAAAGUGAAGUCCAAUUGCUGUCAAUAUUGGCUGGAAGAUUGUGCAAUCCAACCGAUCGUGCGUUGGCUUGCUGCGUGUUUGUGUGUCUGUGUUCGUGUUUGUGUGACCAAUCAUCACCUGUUCGGGCGAUACAAAACCACCCAAAAAAUCAUCCUAUAUGGUAAUGGCAGAGAUCGGUGGCCCCUUGGCGCACCAAUUGAAUCCCCUGCAGAAUCAUCGCGGAGGACUGGUGCAGCCGUCGCUGGUGAUGAACCAUCACCUGGACCCGCUGGACAACGGGGGUGGAACGUGCCAUACGCCAAACAUUCUACCAAAAAAGGAACGCCUCUCGCUGUGCGUCGGUUGUGGCGGCCAGAUCCACGACCAGUACAUCCUCCGAGUAGCACCGGACCUCGAAUGGCACGCGGCUUGCCUCAAGUGUCAAGAGUGCCGGCAAUUCCUGGACGAGAACUGUACCUGCUUCGUGAGGGACGGCAAAACGUACUGUAAGCGAGAUUAUGUUAGGUUAUUCGGUGCCAAAUGUGAUAAGUGUGGAAACUUCUUUAGUAAAAACGACUUCGUGAUGCGGGCCAAAACGAAGAUCUACCACAUAGAGUGCUUUCGGUGUUCCGCUUGUACGAGGCAGUUGAUACCGGGCGACGAAUUUGCGUUACGUGAUGGAGGUGCCCUGUAUUGUAAAGAGGACCACGACAAUCUGGAAAAGUCAACCCACAGCAGCCUGGUGCAAAGCGUGGAACCGAACAACAACAUUAGCAGUAACACCAAUCAGAAUAGCAGCAACAACAAUAAUAACAACAACAACAGUAGUUUAAGCAAUAACAAUCACUCAAGCGAGCUAGGGUCGAUGUCGGAUUCCGGCAGCGAGUCGGGCUCGCACAAAAGUAUGCGAGGCAAGGGACCCAGUGGACCAUCCGACGGCAAGCCAACCCGAGUGAGAACGGUGCUCAACGAGAAACAACUGCAUACUUUAAGGACCUGCUACAACUGCAAUCCUCGACCGGAUGCCCUGAUGAAGGAGCAGCUGGUAGAGAUGACGGGCCUAUCGCCCCGUGUUAUACGAGUUUGGUUCCAGAACAAGCGCUGCAAGGACAAGAAAAAAACCAUUCAGAUGAAGCUGCAGAUGCAACAGGAGAAGUACUUCCUUUCGAAUCCUACACAGGAAGGUCGUAAACUCGGCUACGGUUUGCAGGGAAUACCAAUGGUUGCCAGCUCCCCGGUACGGCAUGAUUCUCCGCUGAACCUGCACGGUCUGGAGGUGACCGCGUAUCAGCCGCCGUGGAAAGCCCUGUCGGACUUUGCGCUGCACUCCGAUCUAGAUAACAAUGGUGCCAUCAACACCCACACACCUGCAUUCCAGCAUCUAGUCAAUCAGAUGCACGGCUACGACGUUGGCGUCGAUGGUGGCGGAAUGCCACCGAUGGCACCGCAGGGCCAGGGCCCACCGCUAGUCUCCAACAUGGACGUCAGUGGUCACCAUCCGGACAGUACCGAUUCCUACGUGACAUAUCUGGAGAGCGACGACAGCAUACAGGGCAGCCCGUAAAAAGAAAGUGACCAGCAACCGUAGCGAACCUUAAGUUAGUUUCUAAAACAAAUGUAUUCUGAAAUGUGUUUUCAUCUGCUCCGCUAUGGAUGAAGGGAGAGAGCGAAAGCAAACAGGUGGCAAUAUUAUUUGAAUGAUCAUUCGUUUUCUUUUUUGGUACGCGAAGAUAUUAUGUAAAGUUAAUUUAUUUGAAACUUCAUUUUCUGUUCAUAACCUCGGAAUUCUAGCCAAUCGUACUUUAACUGUUGUUUUAAGUCUGUGAAUGCAGUUGAAUGCUUACACACAUGCUUGUCGCAAGCGGGCAACUUCGUGUACAUAGUUGUAAGAUAGCAGAAAUAAUAUACAUAAAGUAAAGUUAUUUGGGCAUUUUCCACUCCCUCGAAAGGUAGCAUAAUCAAAUUCAAAGUUACAAUGGUCUCCUAAGUGUUAAGGCAUUAGUUUGUAAAGCAAUGAUUCACUUGUACAUAAUGUUUUAAUUUAUUAGGUUUACGAGUCAUCAGAUUGCACACACUGAAACAGGCACGAACUACACAGCAAGAAUGUGUUAGGAAGAAUCGUUGUUUGGAUGCAAAUUAAUCUUGACUUGAGGUUUCCAGGUGAGAAACGUUAGGCUAAAGGAGAAUAAUUGUAAUUGUAAAAUAAAUGAAUCAAUUGUGAGAUUUAGCAUGCAAAUUACACCCGAAAGCAACAAAAAAACUGUAACCUAAAGCAAAAUUGUACGAUAUAGCAGUGUGACUGUAUGGAAAAAUAAAUUAGAUCGAUUAUAAACUACAA